AUGGCGCUAAGAUUGAGCAACACUUUCUUUUCCGUUUCAGCUAUAGCUUCAAAUCAUUAUUCAAAGAAACCCCCUUUCAGAUUCAAAAUCACAACUGUUUCUGCUACAAAUUCAAUUCCAAUGGCUUCCACCGAAACCCCAAAUUCAACCUCAACUUCCAAAAUCAUCGAUUCACAUCUCCACGUCUGGGCUUCCCUUCAAGAGGCUAGUCAAUUUCCUUAUUCUCCUGGACAAGAGCCUAAUUUACCAGGAAAUGUUGAUUUUUUGCUCCAGUGUAUGGAGGAAGCAGGAGUAGAUGGUGCACUCAUUGUACAGCCAAUUAAUCAUAAAUUUGAUCAUACUUAUGUCACAAGUGUUUUAAAGAAAUAUCCGAACAAAUUUGUUGGCUGUUGUCUUGCCAAUCCAGCUGGUGAUGGAAGUGGGCUUAAGGAGUUUGAGCAUCUUAUCCUCAAGGAUGGCUACCGUGCCGUUCGAUUCAACCCUUAUUUAUGGCCAUCUGGUGAAAAGAUGACAAAUGAAAUAGGGAAGGCAAUUUUCAAAAGAGCUGGCGAACUCAAUGUACCAGUGGGCUUCAUGUGUAUGAAGGGGCUUGAUCUGCAUAUUUCUGAAAUUGAGGAACUAUGCACAGAAUUUCCAUCAACAGGUGUAUUGCUCGAUCACUUGGCCUUUUGCAAACCACCAUUAAAUGAUGAAGAAGGUCUUGUGUUUUCCAAGCUUUUAAAUUUAUCUAGAUUCCCACAAGUAUAUGUGAAAUUUAGUGCACUCUUCAGAGUAUCAAGGACAAAAUUUCCUUAUCUGGAUUUAUCUCCUCUGUUGUCCAAAAUUGUAUCUAGCUUUGGGGCUAACCAUGUAAUAUGGGGCAGUGAUUUUCCGUUUGUUGUUCCUGAAUGUGGCUACAAAGGAGCCAAAGAAGCAGUGCAACUCAUUGGCAAUGAAAUAUCUUUGGCUUCAUCUGAUUUAGAGUGGAUCAUGGGUAAGACUGCUGCACAACUUUUCCAAAGCCAACUGAAUCCUUCUGGUUGA